AUGGUCAAAACCCAGGAUUACAGCAAGGCUUUGGAGGUGCUCAAGGAGUAUCCUUCCGGAGAUGGCCUCCACGUCGAUACUCUCCUCGACUCCGACAGCCAUGGAGCCUUGACGUACAAUGACUUCCUCAUUCUGCCAGGCUCUAUCAUUCCAUCGAAAGCUUUCCCGGCAUCGGAGGUUUCGUUGGAUACUAAAGUAACCCGACGGUUCACGAUCAAGACCCCUCUCCUGUCUUCUCCUAUGGACACCGGCGGUCUAGGUGUUAGUCAUAAUAACUGCUCGCCCGAUGACCAGGCCGAGAUGGUGAGGAAAGUGAAGCGCUAUGAAAACGGCUUCAUCCUGGACCCUGUUGUGCUGUCCCCGAGCACAACGGUCGCAGAGACAAAGGAGCUGAAGACCAAAUGGGGUUUCGGCGGGUUCCCAGUGACUGAAAAGGGCACCCUCCAUUCGAAACUUCUUGGUAUUGUCACUAGCAGAGAUAUCCAGCUCCAUGACCAACGCGAGGAUCCAGUCGCGGCCGUUAUGGAGACAGACCUCGUCAUCGCACCGGCAGGCACCACUCUGGCCGAAGCCAAUGAAGUCCUCAGGAGUUCGAAGAAAGGCAAGCUACCAAUUGUGGACAAGGAAGGAUCCUUGGUUUCCCUACUCUUCCGGAGCGACUUGAUGAACAAUAUUCACUACCCUAUCGCAUCAAAGCUUCCAUCCAAGCAACUGCUCUGCGCCGCGGCUGUGAGCACCCACGACGCUGACAAGGUGCGACCCCAGAAGCUUGUUGACGCGGUAGAGGCACUGAUUGCUGCCGGCGCGGACGGUUUGCGGAUUGGUAUGGGCAGCGGCUCCGCAUGCCUCACCCAAAACGUCAUGGCCGUCGGUCGCCCUCAGGCUGCAGCCGUCCGCAGUGUGUUUGCCUUUGCCGCGCGGUUUGGUGUCCCCACGAUCGCUAACGGUGGUGUCCAGAACUUAGGACACAUCGUAAAGGGCCUUGCACUAGGUGCCUCCGCAGUUAUGAUGGGAAUCUUGCUUGCCGGUAUUACCGAGUCUCCUGGCGAGUACUAUAUGAGCAAGGAAAGGCAGUUGGUAAAGGCCUUCCGUGGUAUGGGUAGUAUCGCGGUUAUGGAGGGUAAGAGUGGUGGCGGUAGAAACGCCGGCGCUUCGCGGUAUUUCUCUGAGAACAACAAGGUCAAGGUUGCGCAGGGUGUGGCGGGCUCGGUCAUUGACCGCGGCUCUAUUACUCAGUAUGUGCCUUACCUUGUGGCCGGUGUGCAGCACUCUCUCCAGGAUAUCGGUGUCCAGAAUCUUGACGCCCUGCAUGACAGGGUGAACAGCGGAUCAGUCCGCUUUGGGAUGAGAAGAGGAUCUCUGCCUUUCUCGCACGUUGCCUAA